AUGGCUCAGUUUCCAACACCUUUUGGGGGCAACCUGGAUAUCUGGGCUAUUACUGUAGAGGAGAGAGCUAAACAUGAUCAGCAGUUCCAUAGUCUGAAACCAACAUCUGGAUUUAUCACUGGUGAUCAAGCUAGAAACUUUUUUUUUCAAUCUGGGUUACCUCAACCGGUGUUAGCACAGAUAUGGGCUCUAGCUGACACGAACAAUGAUGGGAGGAUGGAUCAGUUGGAGUUUUCAAUAGCUAUGAAACUUAUCAAAUUAAAACUACAAGGUUAUCAACUCCCAUCUGCACUGCCUCCUGUCAUGAAGCAGCCACCCAUUGCUCUGCCUAGUGCACCACCAGGAUUUGGUAUUGGGGGCAUUGCCAGCAUGCCGUCUCUUACAAGUGUUGCCCCAGUGCCAAUGGCAUCUAUUCCAGUAGUAGGAAUGUCUCCACCAUUAGUAUCUUCUGUUCCUGCAGCAGCCGUACCUUCCCUGGCUAAUGGAGCUCCUGCUGUUAUACAGCCUCUGCCUGCUUUUGCUCAUCCUGCCACAUUGCCAAAGAGUUCUUCCUUUAGUAGAUCUGGUCCAGGAUCGCAGCUAAACACAAAACUGCAAAAGGCACAAUCAUUUGAUGUGGCUAGUGUGCCUCCUGUGGCAGAGUGGGCUGUACCUCAGUCAUCAAGACUGAAGUACAGACAGCUGUUCAAUAGCCAUGAUAAAACAAUGAGUGGACACUUAACAGGUCCACAAGCAAGAACUAUUCUUAUGCAGUCAAGUUUACCCCAGGCUCAGCUGGCUACAAUAUGGAAUCUUUCAGAUAUCGAUCAAGAUGGAAAACUUACAGCCGAAGAGUUUAUUCUGGCUAUGCACUUAAUUGAUGUAGCUAUGUCUGGUCAGCCGCUGCCACCUGUAUUGCCUCCAGAGUAUAUUCCACCUUCAUUUAGAAGAGUACGCUCUGGUAGUGGCAUAUCUGCUGUAAGUUCAGUAUCUGUAGACCAAAGGUUACCAGAAGAACCAGCAUUAGAAGAAGAACAGCAGCAACUGGAAAAGAAAUUACCAGUUCCCAAGGAUCUUCUGUCUCUUUCCAUACCAGUUACAUUUGAAGAUAAAAAACGUGAGAACUUUGAACGUGGCAAUCUAGAACUUGAAAAACGGAGGCAGGCUCUUCUGGAACAGCAACGCAAAGAACAAGAGCGUCUAGCACAGCUGGAACGAGCAGAGCAGGAAAGGAAAGAACGUGAGCGGCAGGAGCAGGAACGUAAAAGACAACUGGAGCUAGAGAAACAAUUGGAAAAACAACGGGAAUUGGAACGACAGAGAGAAGAGGAAAGGAGGAAAGAAAUAGAAAGAAGAGAGGCUGCAAAACGGGAACUUGAGAGGCAACGGCAACUUGAGUGGGAGCGUAAUCGUCGGCAAGAACUACUAAAUCAAAGAAACAAAGAACAAGAGGAUAUAGUUGUUCUGAAGGCAAAGAAGAAGACCUUAGAAUUUGAGCUGGAAGCUCUAAAUGAUAAAAAAAAUCAGUUGGAAGGAAAGCUUCAGGAUAUCAGAUGUCGGCUGUCUACCCAAAGACAAGAAAUUGAAAGUACAAAUAAAUCUAGAGAACUGAGAAUUGCAGAGAUUACCCAUUUGCAACAGCAGCUACAGGAAUCUCAGCAGAUGCUUGGAAGAUUGAUUCCAGAAAAGCAAUUGCUUAAUGACCAGCUAAAGCAAGUUCAACAGAACAGUUUGCACAGAGAUUCUCUUCUCACUAUCAAAAGAGCCUUAGAAGCAAAGGAACUAGCACGUCAACAGCUUCGAGACCAGCUAGAUGAGGUAGAAAAAGAAACCAGAUCUAAACUUCAGGAAAUUGAUAUUUUCAAUAAUCAACUAAAGGAGCUGAGAGAAAUACAUAACAAACAGCAACUACAGAAGCAAAAGAACUUGGAAGCUGAGAGGCUGAAACAGAAAGAACAAGAAAGGAAGACAGUAGAAAUGGAAAAGCAAAAAGAAACUCAAAGGCGUAUCCAGGAACGGGAUAAACAGCGGCUUGAACGUAUGCAACCGGAAGAAGAACUUCAGUGGCCAAAAAAAAUUCAGGAAGAUGAAAAGCAAAAAAGGGAAGAAAUAACCAAGAAGAAGGAAAGUGAGGAUAAGGGGAAACAGGAAAUGCAAGAGAAACUGAGUAAGCUUUUCCAACCACAGCAAGAGCCAAUCAAGCCAGCUGUCCAGGCUCCUUGGUCAAAUGCAGAAAAAGCUCCUCUAACCAUUUCUGCUCAGGAGGAUGUAAAAAUAGUGUAUUAUAGAGCACUGUAUCCUUUUGAAUCAAGAAGCCAUGAUGAAAUCACUAUUCAGCCUGGUGACAUAGUCAUGGUGGAUGAAAGCCAGACUGGAGAACCAGGGUGGCUUGGUGGAGAAUUGAAGGGGAAAACUGGAUGGUUCCCUGCAAACUAUGCAGAGAAAAUACCUGAAAAUGAAGUUCCAGCUUCUGUAAAGCCAGCAGUUGAGGCAACUGCUGCACCUAAAGUUUCUGUGCAUGAAACCACUACGUCUCUAGGAACUCCUGCUUCUACAGAGUGUACUACAACUGCCAAUAACUGGGCAGACUUCAGUUCAACAUGGCCAACAAACGCUAGUGAGAAACCGGAGACUGAUAACUGGGAUGCCUGGGCAGCUCAGCCAUCUUUGACUGUUCCCAGUGCAGGGCAGCUGCGGCAGCGAUCAGCCUUCACUCCUGCCGCUGUUACAGGGUCAUCUCCCUCUCCUGUCUUGGGUCAGGGUGAAAAAGUCGAGGGGCUUCAAGCACAGGCUUUGUAUCCUUGGAGAGCAAAAAAAGACAACCACCUGAAUUUCAACAAAAAUGAUAUCAUCACAGUUUUGGAGCAGCAAGAUAUGUGGUGGUUUGGAGAGGUUCAAGGACAAAAGGGGUGGUUUCCUAAAUCAUAUGUGAAGCUUAUUUCAGGCCCCAUUAGGAAGUCAACGAGCAUGGAUUCUGGUUCCUCAGAAAGUCCUGCUAGUCUGAAAAGAGUAGCAUCACCAGCAACAAAAGCAGCUAUGUCAGGUGAAGAGUUUAUUGCUAUGUAUACUUAUGAGAGUUCUGAACAAGGAGACCUAACUUUUCAACAAGGUGAUAUGAUUCUUGUGACAAAGAAAGAUGGCGACUGGUGGACAGGAACACUGGGUGAUAAAUCAGGAGUUUUCCCAUCUAAUUAUGUGAGACUCAAAGAUUCUGAG